AAGGUCACAGACGUCAGCUGAAGAAAGUGGUGACCAUUGGCCCUGUGUUGAGCGGACAAACCGGUGUUACCUAGUAUUCUAUGUACCGUGGUAAAUGGCGUAAAUGGUAAAUAUAGCCUUUGGAUUAUUCUCCAAUUUCAAUUGCGUUUUGAUGGAAAUUGAGUAAAGACACAAAUUUGGUACGAGUGGUCUGACAGCAUUUUUUUAGCGUUGAAGAGUGACUUUAGAACGAUAAACUGAAGUAUUGUGUUCCAACAAGAUACUGAUACGGGCCUUGCAAGAUACCGAGCUGUUGACGUCUUCACCCUAGCAUCUACCUUGUCAUUUCUUUGGAGCCGCGCUGCGCCUCGGCCGCACCUCAGGGACGAUGGACGCCGCGCUGGGCCGCCAGUACUCGGAGGCGGACGUGUUCCGCACGGCGCUCUUCUAUGUCUUCCUCAUCCUGUUCGUGCCGGUAGCGGCGUUCUUUUCGUCUCGGACGCUGCUGUUCGACGCGCUGCUCGGCCUGGACACGAGCACGAGCACGCUGUACGCGGCCGUGGUCACUGUGCUCGUCAUCCACGGCGUGCUCGGACUGUACGUGAUGCGCGCCUUCCGGGAGGACAGCAAGGCCCAGAAAAAGGACUAGCGUCGCUCCGCGCCGCGCGGCGUCCGGGCGCACCCCGGCCGUGGUGGUGCUGGUGCGCUGCGGUGGCGCUGUGGUGGCGCCGGCCGUGCUGGCGCGCCCUGGUGGCGCCGGUGGGCUGUGGUGGCGCUGGCGCGCUGCGGUGGCGCUGGUGGCGCCGGUGCGCUGCGGUGGCGCUGGAGUGUUGUGUGUGAACGGUGCGGGGGCGAGGGUGAGCUGUCCUGUGAGAGCUGGUGGGUGAGAGGCGUGAGAGGUUUGCCGUGUGGGAGGGGUGUGAUCGCGAGAAUGUUCGUCGAAUUAUGAACACGCUGUCAAAAUGUAGAUAUUAUCGCGAUUAUUUGGUUACGUAACACAUUCCCUUCUUUUGAAUCAUCAUUAAAACUAUUUUCGAUUUAAUCAUAAAUUAUUCAAUUUACCCAAUGAGAAAGCAGCUUGCUUUAUUAUUUUGUGCCGUGCGAUUUUUAGAUAGAAAUUGUAAAUGAUACCACUUGUGAAAUGUGGACAGGUUUACAGCCAUGAGCCCGACUAACGUGCUGUGAGUAAUGAAUGUUUCGCCCGCUAUAGUUCGUCACCGCAGGUUAUCUCCUUUGUUACUGAUCCAUGUUUGGUAUAUAUCAAGUUCGGUAAUGCAAAAUAAACCAUCGCUUUUACUACCAAUGACUCAAUAUUCUUUGGUGCUAUAGAACCGAUGAGUGCACGAUGAGACCUGUUAUCCACAUAAGCCUAUGCUACACAUAAAAUUGAUAUGUUUUGCAAUGUUUUUCUUCUAUUAGUCGUGUUAUCAUUUAGAUUUAUGUUACGGAUAUAGACACGAAAUAAAGCUGCAUCUUUACCUCA